AUGGGUGGUGACGGAGGCAGUAUACCUCGUCGUGAUGAUCUUGUUAAGUCAAAAAAGAAACAAGAAGUUGCUAAUCGGGAGGCAGCUAACAUGGCACUCUGGAAGCAUUGUUCACUUACACAAGAUCCUCUUCGCCAACCUGUGGUUUCCUGCUUGCUAGGAAGACUUUACAGCAAAGAGUCCGUUAUCAACAAGCUGCUAACUAAAACGAAGGGAGAUGGGUUCUCUGACCAUAUUAAGAAGCUAAGAGAUGUGAAGGAGCUACGUCUGAGUGUAACAACUUCGGAUGGUACUACUACCCUGGAUCCACAGUUAUUUUACUGUCCAGUAACAGGUCUCGAAAUGUCUGGUAUAUAUCCUUUCGUGCUCUCACGGAAGUUAGCAGUAAUUUAUGCAUGCUGGUAG